AUGUCAGGUAGUGACCAUGAACAUGGAUCGCAUCACAAUCAUCGGGACGAUGGAGAAGAGAAGAGGCACUUGAUUGUUCUUAAGGUUGGCACCUCGACACUGAUGAAGCCCUGCCACACUGUGAAUAUGGCCAACAUGGGAGGCUUAGUGGACCUUGUGGCUAGCAUUAUGCGGUUGCCAGGAUAUCAAGUUAUCAUAGUCACAUCCGCUGCUGUCGGCUUCGGCUGCCUCAAGCUGAACUUAGCGACCCGUCCCAGGUCUGAUCAACUCUCGUUGAAGCAGGCAGUGGCAGCUGCCGGUCAGUCCCUGUUGAUAAGGCUCUAUGAGGACCUCUUCAAUGCUUACAACCUCAAGGUCGCACAGAUCCUGCUAUCCCGGUCCGACUUCUCGGCGAAGGACCGUUUUAGGAACUUCCGAAAUGCAGCGAAUGAGCUCCUCAACAUGGGCGUUAUUCCUAUCAUAAACGAGAACGAUUGUAUAUGCGUGGAUGAGCUCCGAUUUGGCGACAACGACACACUAUCUGCAUUAGUUGCAGUGAGUUGUAAUGCGGAUAAGCUGUUCCUCCUCACUGACGUCGAUUGCCUGUACGAUAAGAAUCCACACGAGUUCCCCGAUGCCAAACCCAUAAGGGAGCUGACUAGUGUUGAUCUCGCUAAGUUGGAUGUUGAAGUUGCGGGAGACAGUCAAUGGGGCACCGGUGGUAUGGCUACCAAGUUAGUGGCGGCUAGGACUGCUGUUGCUGCUGGAAUCGAGUGUAUUCUCACGCAUGGUGCCAAGCCCAAUAAGGUA